AUGCCGGCCCCGCAGCAGCGCCAGCGUGGCCAGCACCCUGUGUUAGAGACCGUCAACGAUGCCACCAAGUGGGCUGUCAGCGCAGUCGCCUUUGGCACGCUGCUGUGGCGGCGCGACAUGCUGGCGGCAUGGUGCGUGCUGGGCUCGGUGGUGGCGGCAGUCAAUUGCCGGGUUUUGAAGUAUCUGCUCAACCAGGCUCGGCCCUCAGAGCGCAAGGCCGACCCUGGAAUGCCCUCGGCACACGGCAACAGCCUGGGAUUUCUGGCCACCUUUGUGUCUCUGGCGGCUUCAGUGUCCGCAGAGAGCGGCACUCCUGCAGGGCUGGCGCUGGUGCUGGGUGUGCCAACCCUGGGCAUCUUUCUGGCCUGGCUGCGUGUGGCUCUGGGGUACCACACCGUCGCGCAGGUGAUUGCGGGCUGGCUGGUGGGCGGCGGCAGCGCCGCGCUGUGGCACGGCUGGGGCCACCGCACCGUGCUGCCUCACGUGCAGCAGCACGCCAGCCUGCAGAGGCAGCUGUAUGCGUCCACAGCAAUGGCAGUCGCCUUCUUCAUUCUUCAGAAUGUGCGGCGGUGGGUUCGAGAGGCGCGGCAACAGCGGCGGCAGCACCUGGCGGGCGGCGUGGCGCCCAAGGAGGAAUUCAAGCCCAAGAGCAACAGCAAGGCUGUUAUGAACGCGCCCAAGGGAGGCAAGGCCAAGAAGGAGAAGCAGGCCGAGGCAAAGGCCAAGAAGCUCGAGAAGAAGGGGCUCGCGCCUACCAACCUCACCAAGAAGUGA